GGGACGACCUUUGGUGUAGGAAUUCUACACUGUGAUUGUCCCUCCUGGCUUUGGCUAGUCUGUCAUGUAGCUAAUAUUUCUAUUGCUAGUUGCUUUUCGUUGGAUUUGAUUGAGGUUUCUAGCCUGUGGAGGAACAUCGUUGCUGUUAAAUAUGGUAUCUCUCCGAUAGGCUGGUGUAUCAGAUAUUCCACUCUCCAGGCUUUCUUUUUGUGGAAAUAUGUAGCAAGGGUGGCCCCUAUAGUGAUAGAUGGCUUCAGCUAUGCUGUGGAGGAUGGUUCCAGGAUGAGUAACAAAAGGCGCAAGCAUGGUGCAACAAGUUGGGCAAACCUUCCAGAAGACAUCUUGGGGUUGAUACUGAAUCAUCUGCCGUACAUCGACCAUAUCCAUGUUGGUGCUGUUUGCGUUUCUUGGCACUCAACUGUAGAAAAGAAGGUGUAUUGUCCAGCCCGACAACUUCCAUGGCUGAUGCUCUUCGGCAACCUAGAGAGUGAAUCUUGUAGUUUCUACAGCCUAUCCGACAAUAAGGUUAGGACGCUCAACCUACCAGAAUUUCAUGGGAUGCGGUGCAUCGGAUCGUCUGAUGGGUGGCUGGUAACCCUCAAUGAGAGUGGUGACAUCAGUUUGUGGAAUCCCUUCUCAAGAGCUAAGAUCCAACUCCCGUCGCUCAAGCAGUUUCCAAGUCUGUUGAAUUGGAGACAACGCUCAUACCAGUUUGUGGUUCCAAUGGUCAGAGACGAAGGCAGAGUAGCAGAAAAUGAAUGGGUUGCCCCUCCACCAAAGUUUCAAUAUCUUGUUGAAAGAGUACCAUUUCCUAAAGAUGCAUGCGCCGAGUACAAGCAAAAAAAUGUGUGCAUCUCCCUUAUACGUAAAGUGGUCGUGUCAACACAACCUGGUGAUUUUGCGGUUAUGAUCAUCCAUGGUCAGGAGGAAUUUGCAUUUUGUAGACUUGGAGACAAGUCAUGGACUGCAUUGGCACCACGAUGCCGAAAAGUCCACCAGGACAUCAUAUUUGAUAAAGGUAGAUUCUAUGUAGUGAGUUUUUUGGGUUUUGUUAUAGCUUGGGAUGUUUUCGGCACUUCUCCUACGGCCACAGAAAUUCGUUUGCGCAUGCCACCCGCACAAUAUGAAAGGAAGUACCUAGCAGAGCUUGCAGGGGAUCUGUUGCUUGUAGUACGGUACUAUGAGAAGAGUAGGGAUGUGUGUGAUGCAUAUGGAAAGUGGAUAACAAAAACAACUGGAUUUGAAGUCUUCAAGCUCGAUCAAAGUGGGUCAAUGUGGACCCAAUUAACAAGCUUAGGUGACCAUGCGCUGUUCAUGGGUGGUUCUCAAUCAAUUUCAUGUUCGGCUCGCAACUUCUCUGACUGCAAAGCGAAUUGUAUCUAUUUUUGUGACGACGCUUGGGAUGUGUGUUUUGAAGAAUCUCCCCCAUGGGGACAUGAUUUGGGUAUAUUCAACCUAAAAGAUGGAAGCUUUGAUCGGUAUUAUGGUAUCGAAUCUUGGGUAACCAUCCCCCAAUCUAUUUGGUUCACACCUAAACCUUGCUAGUAUGUAUAUUUGACGAAGUUUAGGAGUUAAAAAG